UUCAUCAGCUUCUAAGUCAUCACAGAGAGGACCCUAAAGUGCAUCAUGACUCACACCAACUUUACCAUCUUCCACCCUGUAGUUUUUGUCUUACUGGGCAUCCCUGGGUUGGAGGCUUAUCACAUUUGGCUGUCAGUACCCCUCUGCCUCAUGUAUAUCACUGCAGUCCUGGGGAACAGCAUCCUGAUCGUGGUCAUCAUCAUGGAACGUAACCUUCAUGAGCCCAUGUACGUCUUCCUCUCCAUGCUGGCCAUCACCGACAUCCUGCUGUCCACCACUACUGUCCCCAAGGCCCUAGCCAUCUUUUGGCUCCAUGCUCAUGACAUUGCCUUUGAUACCUGUGUCACCCAAGUUUUCUUUGUUCACAUGAUGUUUGUUGGGGAGUCAGCCAUCCUGUUAGCCAUGGCCUUUGACCGCUUUGUGGCCAUUUGUACCCCCCUGCAUUAUGCAACAAUGCUAACGUGGCCUGUUGUGGGAAGGACUGCUCUGGCCAUUGUCACCCGAAGUUUCUGCAUCAUCUUCCCAGUGAUUUUCUUGCUAAAGCGCUUGCCUUUCUGCCGGACCAACAUCAUCCCCCAUUCUUACUGCGAGCAUAUUGGAGUGGCCCGCUUGGCCUGUGCUGACAUUACCAUUAACAUCUGGUAUGGCUUCUCAGUGCCCAUCAUCAUGGUCAUCUUGGAUGUGAUCCUCAUCGCUGUGUCUUACUCACUGAUCCUCCGAGCAGUGUUCCAUUUGCCCUCCCAGGAUGCCAGGCACAAGGCCCUCAGCACUUGUGGUUCUCACCUUUGUGUCAUCCUCAUGUUUUAUGUUCCAUCCUUCUUUACAUUAUUGACCCAUCGCUUUGGACGGAACAUACCUCAGCAUGUCCAUAUUGUGCUGGCCAAUCUUUAUGUGGUGGUGCCGCCAAUGCUCAACCCCAUUGUCUAUGGUGUGAAGACUAAGCAGAUCCGGGAGGGGGUCGCCCACCGGUUCUUUAACAUCAAGGCCUGGUGUUGUGCUCCUGCUCUGGGCUAAUGGCUCCCCUUGAAUCCCUACUCCCAGCUUUAUCAAGGAAACUAGGUGAAUCACAGAGACUUUCUGGACUGAGAGCUUUUCCUUCUCUUCCUCUCUCUCUUCCUUCUUCCUCUUCCUGCAACUUUUCUUUUUCUCUCUUCUGGAUCACCUUCUUUGCCUCUUAUGUUUCUCUACUUUUUGUCUUCUCUUCUUAAAUCCCUCCCCCAUAACCCAGAAAUAAUAACUAGGUGUGUAUGGCUUUGACAUGAGCAUUUAGUAUCCUCUGUACUCCAGAAAUACAGGGAGCUGAACACCACAUGAAGUGAGUUAUGCACAAAUAGGUAAAAAAAAUUUUACAUUUAACACCAAAAGGGAUUCCAAUUUUUUAAUCCCAAAAUGUGCAUUGAUUCUUUGUACAGACUCCAGGAGCUCUCCAUUCACUUCUACAAUGGCAGGUGUUUUUGAAAAACAGCCACCCAUGCCCUUCAGCCAUCUGGAAAAUUCCUGUUCAUUCUACAAAUUUCAGUUCAAGAACUGUCUUUCCUGAGAAGUCUUUCCUGGUUUUUCCAGACAUUCCUAGGUUCCUACCUUUGUAUGUCUGUUGCGUCUUUUACAGAUCUCAAAAAAUAUGUAAUGAGUUAUGACGGGCUGUUUAUUUGUGCCCCUAAUUGACUAUAAGCUCCUUGGAAUCAGAAGAGUGUAUGUCAUAUUUGAGAAGAAGGGAUAUUAGCUGAACCUAUUGUGGUAAUCAUUUCACAGUGUAUGCAGAUCAAACCAUGACGCUAUAUGCCUUAAACUUAUACAGUAAUGUAUGUCAAUUAUUUCUCAAUAAAAC